ACCGUAGUUGGCCCCGCGCUCGCCGCAGCUAGUGCGGCUGGUCCUCCCCCAUCCUGCGCCCAGCGGCCGGGCUGUUGGGGUGUGAGUGCUUCCGUCCUGCACCCACAGCUUGGGGUCAGACCGGCGGGGUUUGCCGCCCGGCUCCAGGAUGGGGGAGUAACUACAGGAAGUGACCGCACGACCAAGGUGUAUUUCUGUGGGAUGAAAAGGACGUGUUAGAAAUGACCUGAAGACCAUUUACAGAUUAACAUUUUUGGAGACAAUUUUAUGAUGCUUGAUUCAUCCUUGAAGUAAUGUGGACAGAAGUUAUCGAAUUUGCAUAUUCCAUCCACUGGAACCAGCAGUGUGUCCUAAUGUUCACUUAAGCCAGAACUUGUAUAACAAAAAGAAUGGGAGUCUGGUUGAAAAAAGAUGAUGAUAUCAGAGACUUGAAAAGGAUUGUACUCUGUUUUCUAAUAGUAUACAUGGCCAUUUUAGUGGGCACAGAUCAGGAUUUUUACAGUUUAUUGGGAGUAUCUAAAACUGCGAGCAGUAGAGAAAUAAGACAGGCUUUCAAGAAAUUGGCAUUGAAAUUACAUCCAGAUAAAAACCCGAAUAACCCAAAUGCACACGGUGAUUUCUUAAAAAUAAAUAGAGCAUAUGAAGUACUCAAAGAUGAAGAUCUACGAAAAAAGUAUGACAAAUAUGGAGAAAAGGGACUUGAGGAUAAUCAAGGAGGCCAGUAUGAAAGCUGGAACUAUUACCGUUAUGAUUUUGGUAUUUAUGAUGAUGAUCCUGAAAUCAUAACAUUGGAAAGAAGAGAAUUUGAUGCUGCUGUUAAUUCUGGAGAACUGUGGUUUGUAAACUUUUACUCCCCAGGGUGUUCACACUGCCAUGAUUUAGCUCCCACAUGGAGAGACUUUGCUAAAGAAGUAGAUGGAUUACUUCGAAUUGGAGCUGUCAACUGCGGUGAUGAUAGAAUGCUUUGCCGAAUGAAAGGAGUUAACAGCUAUCCUAGCCUUUUCAUUUUUAGGUCUGGAAUGGCUGCAGUGAAAUAUCAUGGAGACAGAUCAAAGGAGAGUUUAGUGAGUUUUGCAAUGCAGCAUGUUAAAAGUACAGUGACAGAACUGUGGACAGGAAAUUUUGUUAAUGCCAUACAAACUGCUUUUGCUGCUGGUAUUGGCUGGCUGAUCACUUUUUGUUCCAAAGGAGGAGGUAAUUUUUAUUGUUUUGAUGGUCUUGUUAAUGUAGGAUGGAUAGAUUGUGCCAUCCAGGACAACCUCUGUAAAAGUUUGGAUAUUACAACAAGUGCCACUGCUUAUUUUCCUCCUGGAGCCACUUUAAAUAACAAAGACAAGAGCAAUAUCUUGUUUCUUAAUUCACUGGAUGCUAAAGAAAUAUAUUUGGAAAUAAUACAGACUCUUCCAGAUUUUGAACUACUUUCUGCCAACACACUAGAGGAUCGUUUGGCUCAUCAUCGGUGGCUAUUAUUUUUUCAUUUUGGAAAAAAUGAAAAUUCAAAUGAUCCUGAAUUGAAAAAACUAAAAUCUCUACUUAAAAAUGAUCAUAUUCAAGUUGGCAGGUUUGAUUGUUCCUCUGCACCCGACAUCUGUAGUAAUCUCUACGUUUUUCAGCCAUCUCUAGCAGUAUUUAAAGGACAGGGAACAAAAGAGUAUGAAAUUCAUCAUGGAAAGAAGAUUCUAUAUGAUAUACUUGCCUUCGCCAAAGAAAGUGUUAAUUCUCAUGUUACCACACUUGGACCUCAGAAUUUUCCUGCUAAUGAAAAAGAGCCAUGGCUUGUUGAUUUUUUUGCCCCUUGGUGUCCACCAUGUCGAGCUUUACUACCAGAGUUACGAAGAGCAUCAAAUCUUCUUUAUGGUCAACUUAAGUUUGGUACACUUGAUUGUACAAUUCAUGAGGGACUCUGUAACAUGUAUAACAUUCAGGCUUAUCCAACAACAGUGGUAUUCAACCAGUCCAACAUUCAUGAGUAUGAAGGACAUCACUCUGCUGAACAGAUCUUGGAGUUUAUAGAGGAUCUUAUGAAUCCUUCAGUGGUCUCCCUUACACCCACUACUUUCAAUGAACUAGUUACACAAAGAAAACAUAAUGAAGUCUGGAUGGUUGAUUUUUAUUCUCCGUGGUGUCAUCCCUGUCAAGUCUUAAUGCCAGAAUGGAAAAGAAUGGCCCGGACAUUAAGUGGGCUGAUCAAUGUGGGCAGCAUAGACUGCCAACAGUAUCAUUCUUUUUGUGCCCAAGAAAAUGUUCGGAGAUACCCUGAGAUAAGAUUUUUUCCCCCAAAAUCAAAUAAAGCUUAUCAGUAUCAUAGUUACAAUGGUUGGAAUAGAGAUGCUUAUUCCCUAAGAAUCUGGGGUCUAGGAUUUUUACCUCAAGUGUCUGUAGAUCUAACACCUCAGACUUUCAAUGAGAAAGUUUUACAAGGGAAAAAUCACUGGGUGGUUGACUUCUAUGCUCCUUGGUGUGGACCUUGCCAAAAUUUUGCUCCAGAGUUUGAGCUCCUGGCUAGGAUGAUUAAAGGAAAAGUGAAAGCCGGAAAAGUAGACUGUCAGGCUUAUGCCCAGAUAUGCCAAAAAGCUGGCAUCAGAGCCUAUCCAACUGUUAAGUUUUAUUUCUAUGAAAGAGCAAAGAAAAACUUGGGGGAAGAACAAAUAAAUGCCAGAGAUGCAAAAGCAAUUGCUGCCUUAAUAAAUAAAAAAUUGGAAACUCUACAGAAUCAAGAAAAGAGAAAUAAGGAUGAACUUUGAUGUUGAAGAUGAAGAAAAACUUAAAAAGAAACUCUGACAAGUGAUAUCAGAAGAUAGUUUUUUAGAACAUUACUACAUUUGUGGUGGGAACAGAUGAACGUUAUCUUGGACUUGUAAUUGUGCUACCAGAAUCUGUACAGCAUUGAUGUAAAAGGUCUGCAAAUUUCCUUUGUAAAGGGCCAGAUCAUAAAAUAUUUUCAGCUUUGCAGACCAUAUAGGGUUC